AUGGGAACUUUCACCGUCAGCUACUUGGUUAAAACCGUCUUCAACCAGCACAAGUAUAAGAUCCCCUUUGUUAUUCUCACUGGCUAUGUUGGUAAGUUAUUUGUUCUUUAUUACCUCUUAUUCUUUAGGCUAUUGCUACGAGAAAUCCGGAGAGUACAAGGCUUCAAUGAUGAAGGGUCAAAGUCGUAUGUACGCUCAUCUACGUGAAGGCUUGCCGAAGGACGCGGACAUUUGGCGUUAUUAG